AUGACAGCAUUAGCAGGGGGCAUUUCCAGAAUGAUGCGCCCCACGCCACCACAGAAUUACCCCCGGGGAGGCUACUCGCUGGAAGUUUCCACACCGUUAGGGCAGGGUCGGGUGAACCAACUCGGUGGAGUUUUUAUCAAUGGCCGACCUUUGCCGAACCAUAUCCGACACAAGAUCGUGGAAAUGGCUCAUCACGGUAUAAGGCCAUGCGUCAUCUCUCGCCAACUGCGAGUGUCGCACGGUUGCGUGUCCAAGAUUUUGUGCAGGUAUCAGGAGACAGGUUCCAUCCGGCCCGGAUCCAUCGGGGGUAGUAAGCCCAAGCAGACAACAACGCCGGACGUGGAUAAGAAGAUCGAAGAGUAUAAAAAAGAGAACCCGGGGAUGUUCAGCUGGGAGAUCCGGGAUAAGUUACUGAAAGACGGCAUCUGUGACCGAAAUACCGUACCCUCAGUGAGCUCGAUCAGUCGCAUUAUGCGCUGCAAAUUUGGAGGAAAUGUAGAAGAUGAUGAUGACGAUGAAAUGGAGAAGAGAGAGAUGGAGGAAAAUGAAAGACGCGCCAAACACAGCAUUGAUGGGAUUCUUGGGGAUAGAUCGAGUCAUUCAGAUGAAGGUUCAGAUGUGGAUUCAGAGCCUGGUCUGCCCCUGAAGAGGAAGCAGAGACGCAGUCGAACCACCUUCACCGCGGAGCAGCUGGAGGAACUGGAGAGAGCCUUCGAACGCACACACUACCCUGACAUUUACACACGUGAGGAACUGGCCCAGAGAGCCAAACUUACAGAGGCACGCGUGCAGGUGUGGUUCAGCAACAGAAGGGCUCGAUGGAGGAAGCAGGCAGGAGCCAAUCAGCUCAUGGCAUUCAAUCACCUGAUUCCAGGAGGUUUCCCGCCAUCUGCCAUGUCGAGUCUACAGCCUUACCAGCUAGCCGAAAGCCCCUAUCCUCCCUCAUCUAUAGCACCAGCAGUUUCCGAACAGCCCAGUACAGUGCAUCGGCCCCAGCCUCUGCCCCCAACCUCGGUGCAUCAGAGUGGGCUUGGCAGUGCAGCGGGGGCCCAGGAGGGGAGCUCGGCCUACUGCCUGUCCUCCAGUCGCCACGGUUUCUCCGGCUACUCUGACAGCUUCGUCCCUCCGCCAGGCCACUCCAACCCCGUCAACCCCUCCAUCGGGAACGGCCUCUCCUCACAGGUAAUGGGUCUGUUAAACCCAGGGGGUGUGCCUCAUCAGACACAGGCGGACUUUGCCCUGUCUCCCCUGACCGGGGGUCUGGAGCCCAGCGCGGGAAUGCCGGCGGGAUGCCACGGGUCUCAGAGACUGGAGCCGCUGCCAGGCCUGGCCAGCAUGCCUACUCUGCCCACGUCCCAGUCUUACUGCCCGCCCACUUACAGCUCACCCGCCUACAGCGUGGACCACGUCAGCUCUUACCAGUACACCCAGUAUGGACAAAGUGCCUUUCAUUAUUUGAAGUCGAACAUGGCGUAA